AUGUCCAGACUCCAUCCGCAUUCUAAUUCUCGUCACUCCCUGGCUGAUAGCUGCGAUGACAAUCGCGUCUGGCAACAGUUUGUGAAUAGUCGAAAUAGCCCAGCAUUCGCAAAGGCGCUGGAAGCACUCGAUAUAGCCAAAACUCAAAACUUCAAGUCCCAGGACGAGUGGUUCCAAAGUUUACGGGUGAGAUUAUCGUUCUAUCCCGCCGAUCCUGAUCAGCAUUAUGCUAUUUUUGACAAGGCCAUGGGCGUGUCUUCGUGGAGAUUCCCCAUGCCCAGAGAAUGUCUCGUAUCACGGCAGGAGGUAUAUCUGAGUAGCAGCUUGUUCUUAUCCCUCGGUAUGGACCUCUUCCCUAGAUUGAGAAACCAGAGGAAUCCUUCACGGCGGUCACUACGUUUCGGCGAUGAGAAGAAGAUGAGUUGGCAUCGAGGAGUUUGGUUGAGUAGAGAUUUAAUGAUGGAAGCCGCGGGUAAAUAA